GAUUCACAUCAUCACAUGUUCAUCCUCUAGCCGGCUAUGGCCACUAGGAGCACAUUCUCGUUCAAGCAUGAGGCGGGACAACACGCACCUGUCAAAUUGUCCGCCGCCAUCUUGCCUCUGACGUUUGCCGCUGCGUUCAGGAACGCGUUCAGUGAAUGUGUAUGACGAUGUCAUUGUGUGUGUUCAUUGAAUUAUAGUGUACGGUGUGUUUCUGUGUGUGCUUUUUUCUGCUAGAUUUAAUCGGAGGUCUAAUUACUAAUCUAGUCCAUGUACUUUAUAACAAUGUUAAAACACUCUCCCUGACUUACAAUCUAUAAGGUAAUAUAGAGAGGGAAACUGUAAAGGAAGAUUAUUUAUUAGUAGAUAAACAAAUAAUUAAAAUGGACACGAGAAUCGAUGGACACGGUGACGACAUUGAACUGAGCGUUCAAGGAGCGAGCAAACCCAGCGACGUCAAAACAAAAUCGGACCUUCCUGAAAGAGGAUCAUGGGCAAGCAAAUUGGAUUUCAUCCUCUCCGUAGUGGGUCUCGCGAUUGGUUUGGGCAACGUCUGGAGAUUCCCUUACCUGUGCUACAAGAAUGGCGGCGGCGCCUUCCUGAUCCCCUACUUCUUGACGCUGUUCCUCGCUGGGAUCCCAAUGUUCUUCAUGGAAUUGGCCAUGGGACAGAUGCUUACCAUCGGCGGCUUGGGAGUGUUUAAGAUUGCACCUAUAUUCAAAGGUAUCGGAUACGCCGCUGCUGUGAUGUCAUGCUGGAUGAACGUGUACUACAUUGUUAUCCUGGCUUGGGCGAUCUUCUACUUCUUUAUGUCGAUGCGAUCAGACUUGCCAUGGCGAAACUGCGACAAUUAUUGGAACACGGACACGUGCGUGAACCCCUACGACCGUAAGAACCUCACUUGCUGGUCCUCGAUGAACAUGACCACCUACUGCACGCUCAACGGCAGGAAUGUCAGCAAAGCUGUGCUUUCUGACCCUGUUAAGGAAUUCUGGGAACGUCGAGCCCUCCAAAUCUCAAGUGGCAUCGAGCACAUCGGCAACAUUCGCUGGGAACUAGCAGGAACACUACUGCUCGUGUGGGUGUUGUGCUACUUCUGCAUCUGGAAGGGCGUGCGGUGGACUGGUAAAGUGGUGUACUUCACCGCUCUGUUCCCGUACUUCUUGCUUACCGUGCUGCUCAUUAGAGGAAUAACCUUGCCCGGAGCGAUGGAAGGCAUCAAGUUCUAUAUAAUGCCGAACAUGUCGAAACUUAUGGAGUCCGAAGUGUGGAUAGAUGCUGUGACGCAGAUCUUCUUCUCGUAUGGUCUGGGUCUGGGAACUCUGGUUGCCCUAGGCAGUUAUAACAAGUUCACUAAUAAUGUGUACAAAGACGCUCUGAUAGUGUGCACUGUAAACUCAAGUACGUCUAUGUUCGCUGGAUUUGUGAUAUUCUCUGUGGUUGGAUUCAUGGCCCACGAACAACAGCGACCCGUCGCUGAAGUAGCUGCUUCAGGUCCCGGCUUAGCUUUCCUGGCGUACCCAUCAGCUGUGCUCCAACUCCCAGGAGCCUCUCUCUGGUCUUGUCUGUUCUUCUUCAUGUUGCUCCUCAUCGGUCUGGACAGCCAGUUCUGUACCAUGGAAGGCUUCAUCACCGCUGUUAUUGACGAGUGGCCCAAACUUCUUAGACGGAGGAAAGAAAUAUUCAUUGCUAUCACUUGCGUCAUCUCUUAUUUGGUCGGACUGUCGUGUAUUUCUGAGGGUGGUAUGUACGUGUUCCAAAUCUUGGACUCGUACGCGGUAUCUGGCUUCUGCCUGCUGUUCCUGAUCUUCUUCGAAUGUGUCUCCAUCUCUUGGGCGUUUGGGGUUAACCGCUUCUACGACGGCAUCAAGGAGAUGAUCGGCUACUACCCCACUAUUUGGUGGAAGUUCUGCUGGGUUGGCUUCACGCCUGCUAUUUGUAUUAGCGUAUUCAUCUUCAACCUGGUGCAAUGGACACCAAUAAAGUACAUGAACUACGAGUACCCGUGGUGGUCGCACGCGUUCGGCUGGUUCACUGCGCUGUCCUCCAUGCUGUGCAUUCCGGGGUACAUGCUGUACCUGUGGAGGGUCACCCCGGGGACUGCUAUGGAGAAAUUCCACACGAUCGUCCGCAUCCCGGAAGAUGUGCCAGCUCUACGCACUAAGAUGCAAGCAGAGGAGCAAGCCAAACACGGCAAAGCCUAAACAUGAUCUCAAACGAGAUUCCACUUUACUUGCAAACAAAACGCACAACGUUUAAAUUUUGUGCCAAAUAUUUAAAAGUAUUUAUCCGCAGUAUUAUUUAUCAUUAAUUAAGUUGUUUAAUCAAUAGUGUCGUUAUUAUUUGAGCUGUAUAAUUAGCGUGCCAAAAUAAUUACUUAGCCAUAUUAUAUUGAACGUGCUAAAUAAAAAUUAUAUAAAUCGUAUACUCGACGUGCCAUAUUUAUUUAAGCUGUAUAACUGGCGUGCCAAAUAAUUAUCAGCCUGUAUAAUAGGCGUGCUAUUAAUAAUUAUUUAAGCCGCAUACUCAAGAUGACAUUAUUAAAUAUUAAGUCGUAUAAUCGACGUGCCAUUAUUAUUAUUAAUUAUAAUUAAGUUUCGUUCUGGGUGCGUCGCGACGCGUUCAUGUAUGUUUGUUUUACGCUAUAUUUUCAAGUUAAGUUUACAAUGCGAUUUAAUUAGGUAAUUAAAGUUAACUAUAUAUUAUCGUCUUCCAUUUAGGAUGCUUUAAGUGUAUUUUACGCGUAGUAACUUGUAGUAUUAUUUGCAUAAUCGAUUUAUACUUAUCAAAUAAUAUUCAAUAUAUUUUCAAAGUUUUUGUCUAUUAUAGCUGUAGUAAUGGAGUAUUUUAGUAGAUAUAAAAUAUUUUUCAGCUUAUAAUAAUUAGAGUUAAUAGCGUAAUUUUAUCUAAAUGUUGUAUUGUGUAUAACGACGCCACAGGACACGUCUUAAUAUAGUCGUUUUCAAACUGUCUGUUACAAAUUUUAAAGAUUAAUACAUGUUCACUUUGUAUCGCAUACAUUUCGUCGAUUUCACAUUUAAUGUGCAUUGUAUAUUUCUGUUCAUAACAUUGUAUAACACUAAGAAUGAUUACCAACAUAUCGUAGUUUAAGAAAUGUUACUUUGGUUUUAUAGCUUUAAUAGGUUUAUGAUUUAGUUAAGUUGAUUUGGUUAUUUUGAUCAAUUUUAGUUGUAAAUGCAUUUAUAAAAAUGUUUAUUAGAUACGUAAUACUCUGUGUUCUAUCCGAGACCAAAGAUUUUCCACAAAUUUACAUUUCUUGAAAACUUUACAAUGUACUGUAGUUUUAUACCAAAAAACGUAAAUUCUUGGCCUAACCUAUUUACAUUAUUUUUCGAUUCUAUCUAUAAAUCAAAUAUUAGUAGUGUUUACAUACUUACUUACCUAUAAUUAUAUUUAAUAAAACUUUUAUCGAUGCAACAACAGAAGUGUGUGGAUUUCAAAAAACUAAGUGUUCGUCUGUAAUCUAUAAUAAAUAAUCAUUAUAAAUGUUUAACGAGUCAAUUUCUAUAAAAAGUGAACAUUCGUAGAUGUAUGGCGUUUUACAAACAAUUAUUGCAAUUAUUAUAAUCGAUUAUUAUUAAACGAUUGUGUACCCCAAAUGUAGCGAAAAUAUUUAUUGUAUUAAAUACUAAUUAAAUAUUAAAAAAAAUGUGUGCGUGUACUAGAGUACACACGUAAGAAGUGAAACUAAGGGAUAAUAAAAAGUUGGCGCGUAACGCAAAAAUGUCACGCCUACGGCGUAACGCAAAAAUGUCACGCCUACAGCGUUUCGCAAAAAUGUUACCCUAAAUUUUUGUCCAACCCCGAUAAAGAAGUUUCACUUCAAAAAUAUUUUACCAAUUUCUUGAUUAUAGCAGAAUAUAUCUACAAUAAUUAAAAGUACUAUAUCCUUGUAUUUAUACAUAAUUAUAAAGAAUAGUACAAUUAUUAAUCUGAGUUAAAAACGCAUAAUAAAUAAUAAUACUCUCUUAAAAGUUAUUAAAACAUAUUCAGCUCUUGCAAAAUAUAAUUUGACAUAUAACCCAGUACACAUUAUUAAAUAAUAUAAUUAUUUCGUUACAAUGUGAUUAUUAAUUAUAAUUAUAACAUCCAGGUUACCCUUAUUAUGUGAGAGAUUGUAAAAAUAAUGUUGUUUAUCGAUGAAUGUCAAAUAUUUAUGUAGCUUAAGGAGUAAUCACUUCAUUAAAUGUUUAAAAAAUAA